UUGUAUAGAGUUUCAGUACACUGCCGUUGGUUUUAUAGAUUGGAGUUGUGAUCUCUGUUACAUUAAACAGACUGGAUAAGAGUCCUGGAACAUCAAAAAGUUCAGACAAGUGAAAGGUUACCAUCGAGUCAAAACUAAUAAAGCCAAAGUUAUAGUAAAAAAAAUUGGAUGUAUUAUUGUUUUGCAAAACUUUCCGAUCAUUCUGACUAUUGACUUGAAAAGGCAGACAAGAACAUGGAUUCUGCUCUCAGUUUUUAUACAUUUGCCUGCUUUUCGUAUGUUGCUUCGUUGGAAACCCCAUUGGUGACAUAUUCAGCUCCAUGCCCACGAGAACUGAAUGGCUGCAUGACACAAAAUACAUCUGUUCUGGACUUCAGUGGCCCCAGACUCAGAAGAAACUAUCCGGACUGCCUGAAGAACUACAAACAAUUACAGGUGCUACUUCUGAAUAGUACUAACUUAGAGACUGUAGAAGAUAUAGCAUUUUCAAAUAUUUCCAGUCUUCGACAGCUUUACCUUCAUGACAACAGAUUAGUCGCGUUUCCUUCCAAACCAAUGGCACCACUCACUUUCCUCGAAGUUCUAUUUAUCAGCAACAAUUUCAUCAAGGAAAUUAAAUCAGGCGCAUUUGAGCAUUUGCAGGAGCUCAGGGAACUAUAUCUGGGACCCCAAGCACAGUUUCAGGAUUUUCAGUAUCAAGCAUUAAUCCCUCUGAGAAAAAUUAAGGUGCUGAUUCUCAGAGGCCUCAACCUCACAUUUGUACCAGUUAUUAAUCAAAUGCAAUUGCUUCAGGAACUGGACUUAUCCAAUAAUAAAAUUGAUCGGAUAUUAGCGCAGUACUUUUAUAAACUGACCAAACUACAAACACUGCGAUUAUCAGGUUCGGGAAUUACAUUUAUAAGCAAAUCAGCCUUCAACUCUCAAAACAAUAUGAGAUUAUUGGAUUUGUCCAGGAAUAAACUAGUCGCCUUUUCUAGAGAGAUCCUAAAUCCCAUCAUUCAAUCAGUAGGUGGUGCUGUGGACAUCAAACUGACUCAAAACCCAUUUCACUGUGAUGCUAGGAUGUGCACCAUGAAGAAGUGGUUGGAUUCUGUAAAGGUACAGCUCGAUAUGUUGUGUAACAGUCCUGACAGCUUCAAAGGGCGCUGGAUGAGCCAGUUGUCACUUUCUCUUUUUAACUGCUCAAAGGAGCCUAACUUUGCAUUUUUACCAAAAGCAUCUCAAGCAAACAAAACUAGUCUUGUUCGUUCAUUUCUAGGAAAAGGCGUCACUGCUAUUGUAAUUAUUGCUGCAGCUGCACUCUUCACUCUCUUCCUUGGGCUAAUGUACUUAUCACCAGUGAAGUCAGUUGAGUCAUUGAAACACUGUGGCUGCACCAGAGUGGAAUCUACUCCUCAAGAAAAUGACGAGCAAGAUACAUGCAGUUCUUUUAUUUAAAUAAAACAGAUGUCAUGUUUUCAAAAUUUUCAUCAACAAAAAUGGUCAACUGACCUACUACUGUAAAAUAAGACAAAUUAUCCUAUAUAGCCUUUUUUUUUGUUUCUUGGUUUGCAUAACAUACCCUGCAUUCAAUAUUGUAAAUGCAGUUUUGGAAACAAAUAUUGGUAUAAAAAUGUAAUCUUUCCCAAUCAAUCACAGGAUGUCCCAAGCACUUUGUUAACAAUUUAUCACGCAAUGAACGGACCAACAUGAGGUCAGUUUUAAAGUGGAAAAUAAAUUGUAAUAUUUUACUAGGUAGGUAUUUGGAGUCAAUAAUUUGUUUUGAAGCACAGCCUUCUCAACUUUGUUUCCUGCUCAUUGCCACAUAACUAGACAACUUUUCUCAUUGCUUUCUGUAUACCUAAAACAAGGUAUA